GAAAAAAUGAAGAAUCUUUUCGAAGAAAGUGACUAAGUUUCGUGCGAAUUUCUCGUGAAACAAUUGCAUAGACAAACCGCGUAAGUAAAUUACGCAAAACCAGUGAUCCUGUAGACGUCAAUUCGAAUAUCAUUUCGAAAGUUGCGCAAGCUCCCCGAAAAUUGGUCGUCGAAGGAGCGAUAAGGAGGAGAACCGCGGUAAUCGCGAUAGCCGAUCAAAGGUGGACAUAGUGAAAGAAAGCGUUGAGAGGGAGAGAGAGGGAGAGAUAAAGAAGGGAGAAUUACGUCGAAGCUGCCGUUCAGACGAUGACGCCGAGGCGGUGCUUUUGUAGUGGGGGCUUCGACGAACGCCGCGCGUCUUUGCCGCGCCGUGGGGGCGCUGCCACUGACACCGUCUGACACUUGCCAAUGCUAGCGAGGCCGCUUACCAGUCAGUGACAGUCCGGACACCACACGGACACUUGCGGACCGACUUCGUUGGUCCAGAGAUCCGAUAGACGACCGCGUGUGCGGCCACAACUGUCAAACUGACAAGUGGAUUUUGCCCGUCUUCUUCGUAGCGCGAAGAGUGAAGCGGCAAACUUGGCGAUACGACAACCAAAAAAAAAAAAAGAAGAAUCUAGUGUAGUUCCAGUGUCUCAUUUCAGGAAAGGAUUAAAACGCGAUUUUAAUAAUUGGUAUCGUGUAGUCGAAUUAAACCUUGGUCUCUCUCUCUUUCUUCUCCGCUACCGCGAUGUGAUAAGGUUCGUAUGAGCGUCCAGUGCUAGAUACCCCGUCGAAUUGAUCGACCGUUUUGUGCCCGUCGAAUAUGUGCAGUGUGUAUAUUUUAAUAGUCGCCGUCUCAUCGCCAUUCGGUAUUCGCCGUUCGGAAUUGACAAGUGCGAGAGAGAAUACCUCGUAGAGUCCGAUCUAACCCAAGGUGUAGCGUCGUGAUUUUCCGUCGCGUUACUACCCGGUCCGAGAUAGUAAAAAGUCUUGGAAAACAAAAAAAAAAACAAAAAACAAACAAGCAAUCGGUAAGAAGAGGGGGAUCUCUUUAAAGAUGACGGAAGUUGGGCGAGAGCCUUCCCGGAAGUACGGCCUUGCCGAAGAGAUCUACGAGCGUUAUCUUGACCAGCAGAAUCCAAACUACGAGAUAUGCCUCGGUUACGGAGACUCGCUCUCGAGAUGCGGCCGCGUGCGCGAGGCGAUUGACGUUUACGCCCAGUGCUUCAGGCUGGGCAGCGUGCCCUUGGAGAGUCUGAAGCACCUGGCCUCAGCACUGCUCGACAGCGUCCGAAGCGCGGCUGGACCGCGAAGACGAAGCGAGGCCUCCUUCGUCUGCCCGGCGUGCGAGGGCACCCUCUUCCAACCGGUGACCGCGGCCUGCGGACACACCUACUGCAGGACCUGUUUCGAGCCGAACAAGGGCUGCAAGGUCUGCGGUCAGAAGCUCGGCGCCAUCGGCGAGACGAAUGUUCUGGUUCAGAGGCUCGUCGAGAAGUGGUGGCCCCGGGAAGCCGAGGCGAGCAGGGCCCGACACGAGGGCGACAAGCUCAUCAAGGAGGGCCAGAUCGCUCAGGCCCUGGAGCACUACGACCUAGCCGUACAACUCGCCCCAGACAGCCCGUUACAUCUCAGCAACCGAGCCCACGCCCUGCAUUUGCUGAACAGGCCGCAAGCAUCGCUGACCGAUGCCGAUCACGCGGUUAGACUCAGACCUGAUUGGGGAAAGGGUCAUUACAGACGAGGCGUGGCUCUCUCGUGCCUCGGGAGAUACGAGGAAGCGUUUUCCGCACUUUGUACCUGCGUUACCAUUGACGGCAAUCCUCAGCCAGUACGACAGGAACUGACCAGGCUUCUCCACCGUAUGCUGGCGCCAAGUUUGAGGCGACAGAACGUGAUAUCCUCGAGGGCUCCUUAUCAUCUUGGCCAGGACAUAUCGGCCCGCAGCCAGAGGAAUAAAAGGCACCAAAUGCUGCUUCCGCUGAUGAGUCCUAUUCAAAAUCACCAGAGGGAGGAGGCGUUGAACACUUCUGACUGUGAGGAUAACAGCAGCGGCGAGGAGGAAAUAACUCAAUCGAUAUGUCGAAGGCUAUUGUUCGCCUCCGAUUCUCCGGACAAUGGGAAACUCCAUGCCAUAUUGGACAGGGUCUAUCAAGAAGUUAGGAAACUCAAAAUCGAUACGAGGCCGGCGGAAAUUUUACUACCACCGUUAACGGCGGCUGGUAGCGGGGGCGGCGAAUUUGACUGCAUCCUCUGCUGCCGGGUGCUUUGGAAACCGGUAACUACGCCCUGCGGUCACACCUACUGCUGGAUGUGCCUCGACAGGUGCCUCGAUUACUCCUCGGCCUGCCCUCUCUGCAUAACAUCCCUCGCCGACUACUUGGCGAGCAGUCAAAAAACCGUAACGGACUUCGUCGAAAGGGCGCUGAAAAUCGUAACGCCCUGCGAAUACGCGGCAAGGGCGACUAAUGACAGGGCAGAAUUGGUCCAGGGUUUGGGUUCCGGCCUCGGAAGCGAGGAGAUCGCUGUCUUUAUAUGCACCACGGCUUUUCCAUGCGUCGCAUGUCCGCUAUUCGUCUACGAACCGAGAUACAGGCUGAUGGUUCGACGAUGUCUCGAAAGCGGUAUCGGACAAUUCGGAAUCGCCGCUUGUCUGAACAGAGAUGAGACGGGGACUAAAAAGUACGCCGAGUACGGCACGAUGCUGGAAAUCAGGGAUCGCGUCCUCCUCAAGGAUGGCUGCAGCAUUUUGAGCACGACGGGUGGCAGAAGGUUCAGGGUACUUGGCGGGGAUGAAAAAGACGGAUACGACACUGCUCAGGUCGAAUUCCUGAGGGAUUCGUUCGUUCAGCCCGAUCAGCUGUCCGGUCUUCUUGAACUUCACGAUAAGGUUCGGUCGAAGGGUCGAAGGUGGUGGUCAACGGUCGCGCCCUCCCAGCAGGACGAAAUCCAGCGUGUAUUCGGAAGGAUGCCGGAAACGGAGGAUGACUGGCCCCGUCUUCCGGACGGGCCGUCCUGGACCUGGUGGCUCCUGGCGAUCCUGCCUCUGGGCCCCCAGCUCCAGGCGGGUAUCCUGGGAACUACGAGUCUCGAGAAGCGUCUGCGUGCGAUCGAGAAGACCCUCGACCACAUGGAGCAGUGGCAAUUGACCGACGCCGCUCAGCCCUCCGGGGAAGCUGAAACACCCGCCAGCAUUUGCAGGGACGAGGACGCCGUUAUGGACGAAGUUUCCGUCGUGCAGGACUCCUAGGACUGCCUUAAAUCGGCCAAACAACAACGAUAAUACCAACAAUCUGCAGCUGAACCCGCUCAUCUUUGGGGGAUUCGAACGUCGCGAAAAUGCAUUUAAGGUGCACAAGAU